AUGAACGGCGCCCAAUUUACAGACCGGGCCAACAAGGCCUUGCUGGACUCCAGCGCUUUGGCCGAACAAUAUGCCCAUUCCCAAAUCCUCCCUAUCCAUUUGGCGGUCGCACUGCUAAACCCCUCCCAAGACGGACAAGACGACCAACAGCCCGCCGGCCACUCCUCACAUGAUGGCGCGACCGCACCACUCUUCCGCCAAGUGGUGGAAAAGGCUCACGGUGACCCUCAACUGCUGGACCGCUCAUUAAUGAAGUUGCUGGUCCGACUACCAAGUCAAGACCCCCCUCCAGAGACCGUCAGCGUCUCCCCCGCACUCGCCAAGGUGAUCCGUUCAGCCACCGACUUGUCCAAGACCCAAAAGGACAGUUUCGUGGCGAUCGACCACUUGAUCCAGGCUACAGCUCAAGACUCUCAGGUCCAGCGCGCACUGGCUGAUGCCAACAUCCCCAACGUCAAAUUAAUAGAUACCGCUGUCCAGCAGAUUCGUGGCACACGGCGCGUGGACUCCAAGACAGCAGACGCAGAGAGUGAGAGCGAAAAUCUCAAGAAAUUCACCAUCGACAUGACUGCUUUAGCUCGCGAGGGUAAAAUCGACCCUGUAAUUGGCCGUGAGGAGGAGAUCCGACGUGUCAUUCGCAUUCUGAGUCGGCGUACCAAGAACAAUCCCGUCCUUAUCGGUGAGCCCGGUGUGGGUAAGACGACUAUCGUGGAGGGACUGGCCCGCCGUAUUGUCAAUGCGGACAUCCCUGCCAAUCUUGCUCAGUGUCGACUUCUCUCUCUCGAUGUCGGCUCUCUAGUGGCUGGCAGCAAAUACCGUGGCGAGUUUGAGGAGCGCAUGAAGGGCGUCCUCAAGGAAAUCGAGGACUCCAAAGAAACCAUCGUUCUCUUCGUUGACGAGAUCCACUUGCUCAUGGGCGCUGGAUCUAGCGGCGAAGGUGGCAUGGAUGCUGCUAACCUUCUCAAACCUAUGUUGGCGCGUGGUCAAUUGCACUGCAUCGGCGCUACUACCCUGAGCGAGUACCGCAAGUACAUUGAGAAGGACCAGGCCUUUGAGCGGCGAUUCCAGCAGGUUCUGGUCAAGGAACCUUCAGUCCCAGAAACCAUCUCCAUUCUUCGUGGCCUCAAGGAGAAGUACGAAGUCCACCACGGUGUCAACAUCCUUGAUGGCGCCAUUGUCACAGCAGCAACUCUCGCUGCCCGCUACCUGACAGCUCGUCGUCUUCCCGAUUCCGCUGUUGACCUGAUCGAUGAAGCUGCUGCCGCAGUUCGUGUGACACGAGAGUCUGAGCCUGAGGCUCUGGAUACUCUUGAGCGCAAGCUGCGACAGCUCCAGAUUGAAAUCCAUGCCCUGGAGCGCGAAAAGGACGACGCAUCCAAAGCUCGACUCGAGGCUGCCAAACAAGAAGCCGCCAAUGUCGCCGAGGAGCUUCGUCCCAUGCGACAGAAGUAUGAGAGUGAAAAGCAACGCAGCAAGGAGGUCCAAGAUGCCAAGAUCAAACUCGACUCCCUCAAGGUUAAGCGUGACGAGGCAGAGCGCUUAGGAGAUACCGUCACCGCAGCCGACCUUGAAUACUACGCCAUUCCCGAAACCAAGAACCUUAUUGAGCGUCUUGAAGCUGACCGUGCUCGCGCCGAUGCUGAGCGUCAUGCUGCUCACGGUGAAGCUGGUGAAGCCCUACUCGCCGAUGCCGUCGGCCCCGAUCAAAUCAACGAGAUCGUCGCUCGAUGGACUGGUAUUCCUGUCACCCGACUCAAGACCACCGAGAAGGACAAGCUCCUCCACAUGGAAAAGUACCUGGGCAAGAUCGUCGUUGGUCAGAAGGAGGCUGUUGUCUCCGUCUCCAACGCAAUCAGACUUCAACGCUUCUUGUUCUGCGGUCCCUCUGGUACCGGUAAGACCCUUCUUACCAAGGCCCUCGCAGAGUUCCUCUUCGACGAUCCGAAAUCGAUGAUUCGCUUCGAUAUGUCUGAAUACCAAGAACGCCACUCCUUGAGCCGAAUGAUCGGUGCACCCCCUGGCUAUGUUGGUCACGACGCCGGUGGUCAACUAACUGAAAGCCUGCGCCGUCGCCCCUUCUCUAUUCUCCUGUUUGACGAAGUCGAAAAAGCCGCCAAGGAGGUACUCACUGUUCUUCUGCAGCUGAUGGAUGACGGUCGUAUUACCGACGGACAAGGCCGCAUUGUCGAUGCCAAGAACUGCAUUGUUGUUAUGACCUCCAACCUGGGCGCUGGGUUCCUAUCCCGGCCCACGACCAAAGACGGUCGUAUUGACCCCCAAACCCGCGAGCUGGUUAUGGGCGCUCUCCGCGACUACUUCCUCCCCGAGUUCUUGAACCGUAUAUCCAGCACUGUUAUCUUCAACCGUCUCACCAGAAAAGAAAUUCGCAAAAUCGUGGAUCUACGUCUUGACGAGGUUCAAAAGCGACUGGAGCACAACGGUCGUAACGUCACUAUCCAGUGUACCGAGGAAGUCAAGGACUACCUCGGUGCCUCUGGAUACUCUCCAGCCUACGGUGCCCGUCCUCUUGGCCGCAUCAUCGAGAAAGAGGUUCUCAACCGGCUUGCCGUUCUCAUCUUGCGCGGCAGCAUCCAGGAUGGCGAAAUUGCUCGCGUUGUCAUGAUUGACGGGCGUAUCGAUGUCCUCCCCAAUCAUGAAAUUGGCGAAAGCGCCUCCGAUGACGAUGAAGAAAUGGUCGACUCGGAUGAUGCCCUUGCUGAGAUGGAGGAUGGAAGUGGCGACAUGGAUCUGUACGACGAAUAA